GCUCUGUAUGCUCAAAGCUGUGCCCAUUUCCCUACCGUCAGACUCCGUUAAGUCAAACUAGAUAUCUUUGUAGUCGCCUCUGCAGACCAAUGUCCGGCCGAUCACUGGAGAGGUUUUUCAAGGGGGCGCUGAGAGGGAGAGGCCUGUGUGGUGAUUUCUGUAUGGCCCAUGGAGUUAAAGGUCCCAGAUAAGUAACAUUCAUUCAUGAAGAUGCCCCAGUUAUUUAAUCUUGUUCCACGAGAAUGGAGCCGUUGGAAGAGACAUGAGGCGAUAAAUAACAGCACUUCGAUUGACUGCUGUCUCCGAAAAAGCCACCCAGUCUCAACACUUGAUUUGAAUUACCAUCCACUCAUAGAUUUUUUUUAUAAAAAAAAUGCAUUCCAAAUCUGUGCUCAUGAGUCUGCUCAUCACCGCUACUAGUUGCAUGGAACAUCUAGCCAACCUUGAAGUGGAGACAAGUGAAGCUUCUGGGGUACAUGCCCCAAUCUAUGCCCCAGAAAAACUAGCAGUGUUGUCUCACACAUCCGUGCCAGAAUUUCCAGACAAUCCACCAUCUACAAUUCCUGUCCCUGAAAAACUUCAAAGCUUGGCUCAUACAGGUGAAACAUACCUGAAAGAGACAACAGUGGUUGAAGACUUCCAAAGAAAUGCACUCACGUUGGAGCAUUUGUCCAAGGAGCAAUACUCAAAAUUGCAGAAAAACUGGGCAGAAAAUACGGGUUUCUUGUAAAGGGAGCCUUAUUAAUGGCAAAUAUGGUACAAGUUUACGUCAUGCCAGUGACUCCUUUCUUGAGGGCACAUCUUGUACCAAUUUCCAGAAGAAAAAAUGCUGAAACUUUG